UCUUACUCUCAACUAUAUAUACAACAAAACAUAAAACACACACAAUUAACCAAAGGAGUGAAUUCCGAAUUCCCCGAAUUUCAAAUCUUCAAGAACCAAUGGAGACCCAAAAAAUGUCUGAACCAAACACGAAUGAUCCAAUGAAGAAAACAGUAAUUACCUUGAGAGAAAUUUGCAGGUUGGAUUCGAUGGGUGCGAUCCUGACCAGAAUUCACGCUGGUUGCUUCGGAAUCUCCCUCUCUCUCGGCUACCAAGCUUUGCUUUGGAAAGUUCUGCUCAGGCCCCAGAAGAAUUCCAGAAUUCCAUUUUCAGUCCCUGAGAUUUUCUCCACUACUUUUCUGACCGUCGUGUGGUCGUUCUCUGUUCUGGUCCUCGUGCUCCUGUCCCUUCUCUACGCCCUCAAGUGCCUCCUCAGGUUCCAGACGAUAAAGGCGGAGUUUAUGCACCACGUCGGUGUAAAUUACCUUUUUGCCCCCUGGAUCUCCUGGCUCCUGGUCCUGGAGUCCGCGCCCUUCGUCACGCCUCGCAACGCGUCCUUCGUGGUCCUGUGGUGGAUCUUCGCAAUCCCCGUCGUCAUCCUCGAUGUGAAGAUCUACGGCCAGUGGUUCACCAAGGGGAAGCGCGUCCUCACCGCCGUCGCCAAUCCGACCAGCCAGCUCUCCGUCAUCGGAAACCUCGUCGGCUCCCGCGCCGCCGCGAAGAUGGCGUGGACCGAGGUCUCCAUCUUCCUUUUCUCCCUCGGUAUGGUGCAUUACCUCGUCCUCUUCGUCACGCUCUACCAGCGCAUCCCCUACGGCGCCGGCCCCCUCCCGGCGAUGCUCCGCCCUGUGUUCUCCCUCUUCUUCGCCGUCCCCAGCCUCGCCAGCCUCGCCUGGUACUCCAUCACCGGUAGCUUCGACACGGCGGCGAAGAUGCUCUUCUACCUCUCGCUCUUCAUCUUCCUCUCUCUGAUAUGCAGGCCGUUAUUAUUUAAAAAAUCAAUGAAGAGGUUCAGCGUAGCAUGGUGGGCGUACUCGUACCCGAUCACAAUGCUGGCGUUGGCGUCCACGCGCUACCAGCAGCAAGUCCCCGGCCGAUUCCCGCGCGUGGUGAGCCUUCUGCUGUCCGCCUUGUCCGUUAUCGUACUGUUCGCUCUCCUGCUUUUCUCUGCGAUGAGACCUAAAUCGCUAUUACCUAAUCACGAUUCUCUUCACGCUGCUCUGCCCACACAUCGUUCUUCAAACACGACUAUUCCUUCAGCAACGCCAUGAUUAUUUAUUUAUUUAUUUCGCACAAA